AACGGUAAACAAGUAGAGUUACAGAAAAUCAGAAAUAGACAGUGUCUCCUUUUAUUGUGGAACAAGAGAAACCGCUGGUUCUGAUGCAAUUUGGGCCGUUCUUCAUCGUGAACCCAUCGCGCAAUCUUCGCGUUCUUUUUCUGUUAUUUCUUAUUAUUCUCUGUGUGUGUGGAUUGCUUCCUAAGCUUCUUGCUAUUCGCAUUCAUGGCGGAUCGCGACCACGGUCUCUCGCCUCUCUCUCGAAAGGACAAAGCCAGGUCCUCCUCUUGCUUGCCGCAUUGCUGCUUCCACCACCACACUGCCGCCAAGUCCAGGACGUAUCGGAACUCAUCGCACUUCAAGGGCAAGUGCAGCGACUUCAUCUCGCGGAUCGGAUCCCGCCAAGGUCGCCGCCAGUCCGCCGAUUUCCAUUACGACGCUCUCAGCUACGCGAUGAAUUUUGAAGACCAUGCCGACAGUAACGACGAGAGGUACGUCGGUGACGUAACAAGGCGUGAUUUCGUGGCGAGGUUGCCUGCGUCGCCGUUGUCUACAAGGAUUUCAUCGGAUUCUUCCAGGUCCAGGGAAGUCGCGGCAGUUAGUUGAUUUAGAAUGUGUCGGUGGUGCGUAUGAAAAAUUAGCGUGAGGUUGGCAGCGGAGGCUGCCGGAGCUUCUGCUUACGACGGUGCUGGAAUAACUUUUUUUUUUUGGUUUAUGCUUCGUCCCUUUUUGCUUCCGUA